UUAUAUUUCCCCCACGGAGCUGCCGACGGAGAGCCGCUGCAGCUCGCUAAUAUGAGAUGCCCUCCGCCCUCUACGAUUUGUCGCAUUGUCGUCCUCCGAACUCAACUCACUCGACGAGCGACCGAUGUCUUCUCCCGCAUAUGAGUCCUUCUUCUUGGCGCUCCUGAUCUUGUCACUGACAAUCAGGGAUCCCCCUCGGACUGUCUUGUCCUGUUGGCGGUCCUGUUGCUGCGGGGGGAUGUAAGGGAAAUUGGCGACAGAGGGCAUAUGAAUGAGCACGCCGUCGAAAAGGGGGGUGUAUUUGGAGGCGAUGAGGACGAAGGAGAUCGACAAAAUGUUCAAUGUUGGGAAGAGAAGCAAACUGCAUGCAAUCAAUAAAGGCGUGGACAACUGUAUAUGGGCUGCUGACUGACUGACCGGUAAGCGCUACCAAGAAGAGACGCCCACAUCCACUGACCGAUCAGCACAUCCUGCUGGUUCUCCAACACAGGGCACUUCGCAUAGAUAGCGCCUUGUCGGUUUGCUCACCGAAAUGAACAGGAUAUUCCACCCAACACACGCGACAUUCCACAAUCUCCAGAGCGUCCAGCCAAUGAAAUCCAUCAUCCUCCAAAAGUGGAUCUGCAUCUCUCUCUCUGCUGCAGACAUCUCCUCCUGAAAGAACAGAGACACAUGCACGACCAACCACACUCUUGUCUCUCUCCAUUCUUCUCAAUUUCUCUCACCCCAAUCAAAAAUCUUCUGAAGAGAGCAUAAAUGACGAAGCCGACAGCCGAGGCGAUGACAAAGGACACCGCCGACACGGUCACUGUGGCAGCGGAUGGCAGAUGCGUCACUGAGGGAGGGUAACAGACGCGGGACAAGUAGAGGGCGCUCGAGUCGACGUACGGGUCAAUCUGAUGUCCGACAAUAUGGACGGUGGCGCAACUGGACCAAAAGAAGAGGGAAGAGAUGGUGAUCAUGCCCAUCAAAGAGGCUUCCAGCGCAGCGAAGCGUUGAGCACGCGCGGAGAAGGGGUUAUAUGUAAGCCUGCGACAUCCAAGAGACAAAUUGUGGCCACUUUUCUUGUCGUCUACUCACGAGGAUAGCAGAGGAUGGUCCCUCUUCACAACCCGAGCGAGAAUCUUGCAAUUUGUCCACCGCUGGUACCGUAAGCGGUCAGCAUCGGCCCUGGCCUAACAGAAAAAACAGCACUGGUCUUACAUCUCCUCCACUCCGUCUGUUUGUGCGUCAUCACACCAGUGGGCUGCCGGUUUUGCCGACGUCAACCACAGAGGGGCGCCGAUACGUUGAGGCCACAGGGGGCCGAUGAGACUCGGUGCCCGUGUAGAAGCUCGUGAUGGUCUCACGCCUCUGCCUCUGCCUCUGCAGCUCCUCAUCCUGGCCAGUCUCUUGGCUUCCAGCAGUGGAGAGGCGUAGUGUAGAGGCCUUCACUUGUGUGAUGAUGCGGGUGAACGAUUCGGCAGGCAAGGGGUCGGUGAACAUCAGCUGGUGACGCAGACAAGGCGACAGACAAGGCGACACGAAUGUGCAUUCGGCACUCACAAUCAGCUUCCGCUUACUCUCAUGUUGCCGAGGGAGACGGCGGUCUCCUCCAGUAUCGGCUCUGACAUGUCCUCCAGAAGUAGCCGUGGGUCACUUGUGAAUCGUCCGAGGCCACAUUCAGCACCUGAGAAGAAGAACAUGGUCUCUUCUUUCCUGAAGCGACCACUUGCGCUCACCAGUCCAUCGUGGCCCCACCAGAUGUGUGCGCAUUGACCAUUGACCAUGCAGAAGCAAGCUGAAUACAUCACUGGGCCAUCAAAAGCGAAGGCGCUUGCUGGUGUUCGCUCAACUUCUCCCCCAUAGCUCUCUAACAGAAUUUUCCUCGCCUCCUUCGCCGCACGGAUGACUUGGGCCACCGCUGCUACGCCGCUGGGAACCAGUGUCACCACUGUCGAGUGUGCUUCCGUCAUCUCAUGGAUGGAAGGCCGCGCCGCAGAGGACGCCGGUGGCUUCGGCUGCUCAUCACUCGGGGAUCGCAGUGGGACUAAGAGGCUGUCCUGCUUGGAAGGCUGUUGCUGCGCUGUCUCCGGCGUGCAGGUCUUUGAUGUUUGUUCCUUGAUGGCUUGGCUCAUCAGCAGGUCUCUGUCGGUGUUGGUCGGCUGCAGGGACAGCAGCAGGGUGUGGUCUCGGUCGUACAGCGACACGGCGUGUUGAUCCUGCUCGAUGGUGUGAAUGUCAUCCAGCUCAAUGGCUUUGAGCGGCUGCAAAACCGAACGAGCACAAUGAAUGGACGACAAGAUGGAACGGCUACUGAUUGAUUGAGUACUAAAUAUGACUCACUCCAUUUGUGUCAAUCAAGUGACGCCACUGACCAAACACAGCAUCGGAAAAAAGCCAUAGUACACGCCUGUCGUGCAUUCAACCGCUUUGCUCACCUUUCUGUCUGUAAAGUGGCUUGCAGGAUGGCAGAACACCUCAUAUUCCGAUGUCCAUGUAUGGAAGGGCUCCUGUGUCUGCUCUCUCAACACGAAGACACUCACUGCCGUUGGCGGAGGCACCGAUAUUUCGCUCUGCUGCUGAAAUGGGGUAUCUUCUAUCUCUUCUUUCCUCGUCUCUCGCCUUAAAUGCCGUCUUGGCUGCCGUUGGGUUUUUCUCUUCUUGUUGUCGGCCUUUUGCGUGUGCUCGAUGUGGCUCUGCAUGAGGAGAACAUCAAGCUGCUCCAGGCGCUGCUCCUCCCUCCUUUGCUUGUUCGACAGCCUCUGGUGUCUCUUGGUCCCCACAGUGGCUCGAGACAGGCGCUUGGCCGUCUUGCUGUGCCUUUGCUGCUCAAUCUCGUUCAGGAACGCCUGAGUGAAAGCGUCUGCUUUCUCAUGUCCGCCUCUCCUUCGUGACUCUCGGAUGACCACCAGAGCAUGUUUGAUCGCUGAUGGAUGGUCUCCUGCGUCCGAGUGCUUCUUUCGUGCGGCUCUUGUUGGGCAGAGAGCGUUGUACAGAAGGAAGAGCGGCAGCAACGGCAGGAGGACGAGUCGCGAUGUUGUCAAGUAAACAGGGCUGAUAGUGAAGCAACCCUGAAGGAGACGCGAAAAGUGUCAUUUUGCUUGUGUUCUGUGCCUACUACUUCAGUGGACGUCCAAAGAAUGUACUCACAAGGAAUCUGAUUUCGGGCAUGAGGACACAAAGACCACUUGCGAAGCCUUCCCUCCUCUCCAGGGUGUCACGAAAAAAAUAUGGCAGGCGAUCCUCAAUCGGCAGCCAAUCCUUGCGAUCCUACAUGGGCAUACAAGACGACACAUGUAUGUGCACGUACGUAUUCUUCGCCAGACACGUCCAAAAAAAUUACUCACUCGCAGCGACAGCGCCAUCACGGGGACGAUGAGAAAGGCGCACGAAAGGGCGACGAACAAGAGGCCGAUGUCGCCUGUGGACAUAAGCGGUCGAUGCAUACAAGUAACAGGUGUACAUACAUUCUUGGCCCAGCAUACGUACCCGCCUUCAGCAUAGUCAGCAGAACUUCCGGGUCGAAGAUCAGAAGUGGGUUGCCAGCCUUUUGCUCGUGGGCGGGAUACAAUGCAGCCGCGAAGGUCGAAAGAUGAUUACACGUACACUGGCAGAACCAGGACGCAAAGAUGUUCGCACUCAUUUGUCGAUGCACGUGCAAAACGGACCUGAAUUGAUUCAUUGUUCGCCGACGCGUCGCAAUGAGCAUCGAUGUACUGCUCGGCUUGUUCAUCCCACUGCAUGCAGAAUGGUUGUCCCCUCCUAACUUGAGCAGUCGCGUUUCCGCAAGGAAAUGUCAACACCACCGAGGCGUUGCCUAAGUCGUGUAGUUUGGUCUUGUCUCUCCACAAGUCGACAGUGAUGGCUGUGUCGAGAAUCAAGGCGUCUGCGGGGGUGUGUUUCGCCGAAUACGGGUUUGUGGGGAGCUCCAUUAUUAUGGCCUGGGUAGCAUAAGUCAAGCUUUGAGGAGACAGGAAGACGCGUCUCUACAGACAAAAACCCAUAUCGCAGAGACAUUGUGUGGAUGUGUUUCAGUCUGUGCCUUACUCAUUCCAUGCCUCACCCUCUUGAUGCCGUUCGUCUUGUUGUCGUCUUUCAAAACCAUGCAUUUGAUCGAAAAGUUGCCGUCUGCAUGCUCGUAUUCUAAUGAGUAAUCCCUAGACACACACACACACGCGUUCCAGUGUGAACGUGUGUCGUACCCCUUACCUGGCGAGUGUACUGAUGUCUUCGUACACCGUGUUCUGCAGCGGAUCCGAAAUACACCGUAUAGAGGAAUGAUUGACAGGCCACAUUCUUCCUUUACCAUGAGGGACAAUGCGUUAGUGGCAUCAGUUCCAUUGCCAUUUCUGGCAUCAGUAGCAUUGUUAAAGACGUUUUCCACCACGGCUUUCACCACACGAGCCGAAAUUUUCAGCUGAAGCUUGGCGCUGGUGUGGUCAGUCGGCAAAACUACAGUUGUCAGCUUGCCAAGGAAGUCCAUCAGCUCAUCCUGUUCAAAGUCGCUGUUGGCAGCCUUAUCGGCGAGGUCCUCCAACGCUUGGACGACAACAAUUUGAUCCUCUGGGCUGCUGUGGGGAUUGGCCGAAUCAAGAAGCUCGUCCAGGUCUUUCUCAAGCUCUUGGCCGCUUUCCUCUUCCGUCUUGUUUUCUCUCAUAGUAUUAUUGGCACUCAAGUCCAAAGAGACUAUUACUGUGGUGUUCGGACAGAUCGGCUGUGCCUCGGUCGCCGCACAACGUCCCAAUAUCGCCGGAACGUCGUCAUGUGUAGCGCACGAGAGAUAGCACGUGCUGUUCAGCGCAUCGAUGACCAUUGCCAGAAUCAAAUACUCCCCGUCUUCGAGAAACACCCGCAAAGAUGGCUCGCGGCGCCUGUAGGACAGCAGCUUGAUUGGCUUUGUCCUCUUUGGGUCUGUCACGAAAACGCUGUAGGUCUCUCUGCCGAUUGACCUUGCGCAAGGGUCAAUCUCCCAGCCAUGUUGCUCGAUCUGGACUUCCCCGUCGCGCAUAAAAGCCCGCACCUCUCCAGCUACCGGGGAUAGAGUUGCUCGUAUGUUAGUGGUCCAGUCAUUAGUCUGCACAUGAUAGACCCAGCCGGGCUGCAGCUGCCCCGCAGGGAUGGUUCCAUUAGGAAAAGAGAUCUGCUCUGUGAAGACCUGCACUGCUUGUUGACGCUUGUAGGAUACGAGAGGGGUCAGAGUGAUGUUAGAGUCCCUAUUGAGACGCACCGUCGCAUGAGACGAUACCGGCAGCUCGAUGGAGCGGUCGAUCUUGCGAAAGGAUAGUUGUGAGCCGUCCGUAAUUGUGACUGCGCCACCAAUAACGCUCCCUCUGCUCAGCUCUUGAAAAGCUUCCACCGCAAUGGCGUAGAUGCCCUCUUUUGUACCAUUAAGCCUGUAAGUAUCCCGUCUCUCAGUGAAGGAGGCAACAUGAGUUGCAACGGUGGCAAGAGGUGCACUUGCUUCAAUCAACGAGUUGCUCAAGCAAUCGUACAGCGGCACAUCGGCAACCAGCGCGCGACGCAGAAGCUGAGGGGCCGAUAGAUAAGGCAUCGUGCGAGUUGCCGAUACUGCAAAGACCUCGACGUCCGAGUCAGUGAUGAGGGGCAUCCACACACAGUACCAAUCUAUGUAGAUUGGUCGCACCGCGUCCUGCGGCUCGAUGUCCAGAACAAGCAU